GAAGACAAUCCGUGAACAGUGUUGCUGUGACUCAGAUCACCAGUCGACUGGCGCUAGCGAGACUGCACGCUGCGCGCACUGUAUCAGGAUGUCACCGGCAGCGUCGUUCGCGAAGCGAUGGGCCAGCGACAACCUGACCCGAGCAGCCACGGCAGACGAGCUCGUCAUCCUCGAUCUGUUCCCGAUCACCUGCGAGGGAGAUGAGGAGGAGGCAACCAAGAGGGCGCGGAGGUACUACAAGGCGAGAGGGCCGGGAGGACUGACGGAACUCUGGCAUAGAAGAUAUCCCGAUGAAGAGGAUAUACUGUCGAGUUGUCAAGAUGCGUACAUAGUCCCCUUACGAGUACGCAGCGUGGCAGGUCGCAGGAUGACACUGGUGAGACUCCCAGCUCCAACCGCGCUGGACAGGCCGCUGUCAGCGCGAGCGUUACUCGCCAGGUGGCUGAUGAUCUUAGACAUAAGACUUCGUGAGGACCCGACCCCAGGCGAGGAGGUGGUGUUCAUUGACGUAUGCGACCUGCAGCCCUCACAUCUCAAGAACCACUUCCGAGGCAGCUACUGGAAGGAUUUUGUCUGGCUAAUGAAGACAGCAUACCCGCUUCGGUUCUCCGAGGUCCAUAUAAUAAAUACUCACCGUUUGAAGACAAUGUCCCUGUUGUUACUCCACGUGGGGCUGUACCCGUGGCGGCGUAAGGUCGUUCAGCUGCACUCUAACGCGGAUCAGAUCAACCACAUCAUGGGUGUUGACUACUUCCCGCCAGAAGGCUUGCCGCAUGAAUACGGUGGCAAAGCCGGUGCGAUGAAAGAUCUUAAUGAUGAAUGGACAAAGAAACUGCUCUCCAAUUCCAACUGGCUACAUUCAGAGGAACGUAAAUAUUACAACACGGAACUAACACCAGAGAUCCGUACGAGAACAAGACAUCGCAGCGCAGUGCGGGCGAUACGAGGCGCUAUUGGUUCAUACGACAUGAUCACUAGAACACAUUCCUGCAAAUCUUUGUAUAGACAUGAUGGUGUGGACGAAGGAGCGCAUGGUGCAUAUAGAACUUUGAAAGUGAAAUCCGAUAAGAAUUUGUACGUGUAACGUCAACACUGUGUUUAAAAUGUAUCUAAAUGUAUCAGUCAAUAUCUCUUGAUGGUGAUUUAGCCAUAUUGUAUUAUAAUGCUUGAGACAGUGCGCUAAUCUUGUGCAUAAGUAAAAGAGAAUAGUGUAAGAAAGCCUGCUACGUACUACUUCUGAAAGACCUGGGCAAAGCAAUGAUUUUGAGAUUGCAAUUUCUUUGCCAGAUGGAGUUUUUAAUCUAUGUUGACAGUUCCUGAAUUUAUACUCGAUAUAUUUUUAUUAUUACCAUCCAUUGAAAGACACUAUUUUGUCCAUAUUUAGACUUCCAAGUUUUUUUUUUGCAUUUGUC